GUGGUUUCCGUGGCUUGCACUGGCUCUAGGUGAUCAUGUUCAUCUCAAAGGAGAUUUUUCAUCACAUGAUUGGAUGGAUCAAGUAUGGAAUGUACUCACUGCUUUUCAUAACAUACACACCAGGUAAACUGUCAUGUUUUGGAAAGGACUGGCAUUGAUGCUUAGUGGCCCCAAGCUAGUAGGGCCAUUCUUCCAUUCUACCGGGCCGCAUUAUUGUUUGGAAACGGGAGCUCAAUUUGGCAUUGUCUGGCUUCUUCUGCAAGACCAAUGGAGUAAAUGGUGCAUACAGAAUUAAGCAUCCCAGAAUAUUGUCCCAGAUCCUCAGGUCCUGGAGGCUUUGCUGAGCUUUUACCAGUUAUACUUGAGCCUAUUUCUAAUUUACCAUGGUAGACAUUUUCAGCCUGAAGCGAUUGCAGCUCUCUAGGCUAAGUCUUGUCUGCAAUUGUGUUUUAACUGGAUUUACUUUUCCUUCCAGGAUUAAUUUUUCUCCAUCUCUAUUUACAUGGUGAUAAGAAGUGCUAAUCCCACUCAGUCAGUCUGGACUGAUGAAUCUGAGGAGUAGAACAGAGCCCUGUGUUGUGUAGACGAACUGAUGGAUGAAGAUGAGAAGGACAGGGCAAAGAGGGCAUCACGCAACAAAUCUGAGAAGAAAAGGAGAGACCAGUUCAAUGUCCUCAUUAAAGAGCUUUGCACAAUGCUGCAAGGCCAUGGCCACCCUCUCAAGAUGGACAAGUCCACAAUCCUGCAGAGGACCAUCGACUUCUUACAGAAACAGAAAGAAAUCACAGCACAGACAGAAGCCUGUGAGAUUAGACAAGACUGGAAGCCUUCAUUUCUUAGCAACGAGGAGUUCACCCAGUUGAUGUUAGAGGCAUUAGAUGGCUUUCUCAUUGCUCUUACCACUGAUGGGAUUAUUAUUUAUGUAUCUGACAGCGUCUCAUCUCUGCUUGGACACUUACCGUCAGAUUUGGUGGACCAAAAUAUAUUAAACUUUCUGCCUGAGCGGGAGCAGAGCGAGGUGUACAAGCUCCUUUCUCCACACGUGCUCAUGACGGAUCCUGUUGCAGCUGAUUUUUUAAACGCAGAAAAGCAAAUAGAGUUUUGCUGCCAUUUAGCAAGAGGCAGCUUAGAUCCAAAUGAACCCCUGACAUAUGAAUAUGUGAAAUUUGUAGUGGAUUUUAAAUAUUUUACUCAUGUGCCUACACCCUCCUGUAAUGGCUUUGAGUCAGCUAUUGCACGAGCUUUCAGGUCAGCCACGGAGGAGCAGAUUUGCCUCGUAGCAACUGUUCGUCUUGUCACACCGCAGUUCUUAAAGGAGCUCUGCAAUGUUGAGGAGCCAUGUGAAGAAUUUACAUCAAGGCAUAGUUUGGAAUGGAAGUUUUUAUUCUUGGACCACAGGGCUCCACCUAUCAUAGGAUACCUACCUUUUGAGGUGCUGGGAACGUCAGGGUAUGACUACUACCACGCAGAUGACCUGGAGCUUCUUGCUAGGUGCCAUGAACACUUGAUGCAGUUUGGAAAAGGCAAGUCCUGCUACUACAGGUUCCUGACCAAAGGGCAGCAGUGGAUCUGGCUGCAGACGCACUACUACAUCACCUACCACCAGUGGAACUCCAAGCCCGAGUUCAUCGUGUGCACCCACCUCGUGGUUAGUUAUGCAGAAGUUCGAGCUGAAAGAAGGCGAGAUCUUGGCCUUGAAGAGUCAUCAAUUGAACUGGCAUCCUCCUCUUUAAAGAGCCACGGCAGCUACCUGGACAUCAGGCAGUGCGGAAACAGCCAGGAGGCCAGCCGAGAAGGAGUGUCGCUCUCGUCUCACAGCUCCCGGCGCUCCUCGCACACGGCGCUCUCCGACUCUGCGUCCACAUCAUCAAUGCGACACACAGAUACCAGCACUCCCACCAGGCCAUCAGUGCCAAUGGGUCAAUCGGAGAAGGCAGCCUUGCGACUGGCAUCAAGUGGAAGCGCUCAGGCCAUAGCAACUCCUCAAGCCCCUGGUGACCACCUCACUCAGCAUCCUGUGGCUCAGCCAGCAGUUCCUUCUCAGCAAGCUGUGAUGCCAGUGUACCACUUCCCCGCGCAGCUGGGGAUGAUGCAUCAGCUGAAAGAGCAGCUGGAGGAGAGGACUCGCAUCCUGCAAGCUGACAUCAAGACACAGCAAGAGGAGCUGCACGUCAUCAAGGAGCAGCUCCAGCUAGUGCAGGACUCCAACCUGCAGAUGUUGAUGCAGCAACCAAUGCCCUUAGUCUUUAACAACGUGCCGCACCAGAGUCCAAGAAGGCCGUCGCAGCAGCAGCAGCCUGGGACAACCAGGCAAAGCACAGCCAAGAAGUCGCAGCAGCAAGGCCUUCCUGGGACAAAACACUACUGUGGCCCUCACUUACCGUCCCCACGCCAAUUCCUCAGGGAACCUGGUGGCCCUUCUUCCCAGGGGCAGCAGCAGCAGCAACCUCAGCUGCUGUCAGAGAGGGUGAACAGGAAAGCCGGCAAGGACAGUGCUUCCCAGACCGGGCUCUGGUGUGCUCUGAGGCUCCAGAGCGUCUUUGCCCUAGCUGAGAGAAGUGCUAUGGCAAAAAACGCUUUUUUGAAGCUGGCAGUCAGGAAUUUGAACAUCUGUCUUCCCUGGCUGGCCUCUGCUUUUGCUCCACUGCAGAAGGUUGCUGGAUCGGUCUGUCCACGCCUGGAUGCCUGCUCCUCCUGGCAGUAUCCGUCCACCCAGAGCAGCGCUAGCAGGCAGCAAGGCAAGGAAGCCUCGGCUGUUGCUUACUUUCCUUUUGUGAAGCCUAAAAUGUUCGACGAAGUCACAGAGGAGACAUACAACCUUAAAACCCUUCGUUUUCUCCAGGUCCAGUCUGGAACGCAUAAUGGAGAGGGAAAACCUGGGGCCUGUUUUUGGCAGACUCUAUGUGGUUUAACAAAUUUUGUCCCAGUCUGCGAGCACCUGCGUUCUCCAGCAUUUGUCCCAGAGCAGCAGAUCUUGCCUCCCCCAAUACAGAUGCAGCCGAUUACCUGCAGCACGGUCCGACCUCCAGCCCCGUCGCCCGUUUUCUCCCCAUCUCUGAUGAUCCCACACACCAGUUUCACGUCCCACCAGACGAGCACCCCAGUUCACCUCCACCAGUGGCCACAGCAACAGGUUCAGCAGCAUCAUCUCUACCUUCAGAUGCAAGGUCGUGAGUCGGUGCCGGGGGGGCCGAACCAGCGCGUUUUCCAGGCAUCUCACGCCCCGCAGCAGAGUCCCAUGGGCUACUUCGUGCACCCGCAGCAGCCGAGCCGCCACGCGCAGGGCCAGCCCUGCAGCCUGCCCGACCUGCCGGAGAUGCCAAGAUUGGAUAAUGCUGCUAAGUCACGUAACACCACUUUUGCCUGA